GGAAUAAUUUUUGAUCAGUUGUAUGAUUUCGUAAGAUAGAACGUCGGAGGAAGUAGGAAAUAUAUUGAAAUUAUCAAACUUGAGGCAGAAAAAUGUUAACGAAAGGGAAAGUAAACGUUGUUUUCCCAGUUUGCGAAGAUGAAGUUAAAGAAUUGGAGUCGAUAAUUUUCCACACUCCUGCCAUAUAUAAUGACAAAGUAAAAGUACACGAUUGGCAGAUGCAUACAUUGGCGGAGCCCAGAGAUAACAAAGAGAUAUUUCCACCAAAAGGAAAUCUUCACGUAUCAUCGUAUCAAAGAUUAGGCCCAGAACCUGGCUGCACAGGAAUUUCAGAAACACGUGCCAUGCUGUCUCAGAUAGAAUUGAAAGAACUGUAUAAACCAAUUUAUCCGCAGCGUACUUUGCUUAAUAUGAAGACUUUUGCAUCAGCAGAGCAAGAGGAAGAAGAGGAUUCGACGAUAGAGGGUAUAAUGUACGAUCCUGAAGAAGCUCGUUGCAUGGAUUAUCGAACGACAACGGAAAUUCACUAUAGAUCACCUUACCCCAUGAAACCAAAAUCAUUACCACCGCCACCACCACCACCGCAACCAUGGCUGUUGAAUCGACGAACUAUAGGUUACAGUCUCGAACAAUUGGAAAAACGUGAUGGAAUGCACAAAUUCUUGGACGAUAAUAUGGAGCUUCAUCAGCAGAUAGCUGAUUUAAAGUCCAGAAGGUAUAAGUUGCAUUCGUUUCUAGACUAUCAGGUUCCUGAAGCUGUCGACACGUCUAAUAUGAAAGAGUGCAAAAUUGAGAAUUAG